AUGCACUCAAAACUCAUCUGGAUCCUCCCUGUUGACCAUGAGAGCGUCUUGCUCUUCAACUGCUUCAACUGCUACCGAGUGUCCCCGAAGCAUUUUGUGAUCAUGACCUUGCCUUGCUCAACCCCGCAACACACCUCCCUCGGCCUCCAGCUCCCGCGCGCCGCCUUGCGCGACUGGCGUGCGCCCGGCUCCGCGGAGGCGCUGCGGUUCCGCCAGGGCAGACGCGACGAGCACCGCGAGGGCCACUGGGCGCAGCUGCUCCGGCGCAGGGAGCCGGGCUCAGCCCCGGCCUUACGAGCACCGCAGCCCUCACCCACCCCAAGCGGGCCUGGGGGGCUCCGAGGGGCGUACGGAGCACAGAGUGCGCGUCGGGCUGGGCCCCGCAACCCCCGCACAGGAGCGCGGGUUCGGCGCGGCAGAGCGCCGGGCAUGGAGUCAACCCAGGAGCCGGCCCGGGAGCCCCCGGCGCGGACCCGGCCGCCGCCGCCCCCAGCCGCGCGCCCUGCACCUGCUGCCGCCGCGCGCCCCGCACCUGUCCCCGCCGCGCGUCCGGCUGCUGCCCCCGGCGCGCCCAGGCCGCGCUCGCCCGCGGAGGCAGAGGGCCGCGGUCCCGAGGGGGUGCUGCGGCGAUCGGGGUCGGGCUACGAGGGCAGCACCAGCUGGAAGGCGGCCUUGGAGGACACCACCACGCGGCUCCUGCUAGGGGCCAUUGCUGUCCUUCUGUUCGCCAUCCUCGUGGUGAUGAGCAUCUUGGCUUCCAAGGGCUGUAUCAAGUGUGAAGCACCCUGCCCAGAGGACUGGCUGCUCUACGGAAGGAAAUGCUACUUCUUCUCUGAGGAGCCAAGGGAUUGGAACACAGGCAGGCAGUACUGCCACACGCAUGAGGCCGCCCUGGCUGUGAUUCAGAGCCAGAAGGAGCUGGAGUUUAUGUUCAAGUUCACGCGGAGGGAGCCCUGGAUUGGACUGCGCAGAGUUGGGGAUGAAUUCCACUGGGUCAACGGGGACCCAUUUGACCCAGACACAUUCACCAUCUCGGGCCCUGGGGAGUGUGUCUUCGUGGAACCCACCCGGCUGGUGUCGACGGAGUGUCUGAUGACCCGGCCCUGGGUGUGCAGCAAGAUGGCCUACACAUGA